GUGUGAUCAACAUUGAAAAUGAUGCCUGCCCCAGCUGCCACAUAUGAAAGAAUAGUUUACAAAAAUCCUUCUGAGCACCACUACAUGAAAGUCUGCCUAGAAUUUCAAGAUCGUGGAGUUGGACUGAAUGCUGCACAGUUCAAACAGCUGCUUAUUUCAGCCCUAAAAGACCUGUUUGGGGAGGUUGAUGCUGCCUUACCUUUGGAUGUCCUAACCUAUGAAGAGAAGACCUUGUCAGCCAUCUUGAGAAUAUGUAGCAGUGGUCUUGUCAAAUUGUGGAGCUCUUUGACCCUAUUAGGAUCCUAUAAAGGCAAAAAAUGUGCUUUCAGAGUGAUUCAGGUUUCUCCAUUUCUCCUUGCAUUAUCUGGUAAUAGUAGGGAACUAGUAUUGAAUUGAAUGAGUCGUCUUCAAUUUCAAAAACACCACGAAGGCACCAAAAAAUACUCCUGAGAGUGGAGGAAUGUUUGAAGCCUGAAGCAAGCCAGAAGCUCCUAUUGAUGAAUUUUGAAAGUGGUGAAGAUGUUCCCAAUAGUUUCCAGCCAUCGCCUUUGGUUGGGUGGGCUUCAGAGGAGAGUCUGCCUGAACCAGCCAGUGCUGAUCUGGCAGCACUUUGAGCAUAUGCACAUCAGAGUUGGAGACCGGGCUGAACUUAGUAGGGUCUUCACGCAGAGGGAUGUGGCUACCUUCUCAGAAUUAACAGGGGAUGUCAAUCCUUUGCAUUUAAAUGAAGACUUUGCAAAACACACCAAAUUUGGAAAGACAGUUGUACAUGGAGUUUUGAUCAAUGGAUUUAUCUCAGCUCUCCUGGGUACUAAAAUGCCUGGGCCAGGCUGCAUAUUACUUUCUCAGGAAAUUAAGUUUCCAGCCCCUUUAUAUAUUGGAGAAGUUGCUUUAGCUUCUGCAGAAGUGAAAAAACUGAAGCAAUUUAUUGCUAUUAUUUCAGUGUCAUGUUCUGUGAUAGAAAGUAAAAAGACUGUUAUGGAAGGCUGGGUUAAAGUUAUGGUUCCAGAAGCUCCCAAAUCCUGAAAUUUCAGGAUUGUAAAUUCAGAUUCCUGUGCUGUUGUUAUUGAAGAGUGUCCAGGGAAACAGGAAUUGCUGCUUUUCACCAGAAAUGGCUGAUAGACUGAGAAGCCUGUAUUUGGGGAGGGGAGGAGAUAAAAUGAUGUUCAGAUGUUCACUUU